CUUGCACAUCUGUUUAAUACCUAACUAGUACAACGCUAUUUACAACGCCUGGUAACCCCUGUAUUUCAACAUGUCCAAACAAUAUGGACUUAUUAUUCCUGGACAACAGAAAUCGGCUCCACCUCCGGUGCAGCGUGAAGUCUCCAGACCAUCAAUUUUCGAUGAGAGCAGUGGUAGUGACUCGGAAGGUAGACCUCUACAAAUGAAAAUGAAGAAAGCUACCCUUGGACCAAGUAUAAUGGAAAGACGACGAGCCAAAAAUUUACAAGAAAAAGCCCUGGCUGAAGAUCCAACAAUUUUCCAAUAUGAUGAGUUGUACGAUGAUAUGGAAAACCAAAGAGAAGAAGAGAAAAAGGUCAAAAGCAAUGAACCUAAGAAGGCUAAGUACAUUACUAAGCUUCUGGAAACUGCUGAAAGGCGAAAGCUUGAAAAUGAGUUACGUGUUGAAAGACAGGUACAGAAGGAACGGGAAGCUGAGGGUGAACAGUUCAAGGAUAAGGAGGCUUUUGUUACCUCUUCUUAUCGUAAAAAAUUGGAAGAAAUGCGUAAACUGGAAGAACAAAACAAACGAGAUGAUUAUCUGGAGGCCAUCGGUGAUGUAAGAAAACAAAAGGACUUGGAUGGUUUUUAUCGUCAUUUGUAUGAACAAAAACUUGGCUCAGCUAAGGAGGUCAAGAAACCAGAAUUACUUCCCGAGGCAAAUUCAUCUGACAAGAUUGAUAACGAAGAAUCUAUUUCAUAUAAACCCAUCAAAUCUGGAAAACCCGCACAACAACGAGCAUACAGAAAACGGCGCUCUUCCGAUGAAGAAGUAAAUACACAGAAAGAUAUAAGCAUUCCUGACACUGGUGAUAAAAAACAACAUUUAACAAACAACAUAGAUGCGGAUUCUGAUUUCAGCAUAGACGAUUCAUCUUCAGACUCAUCCAAUUCGGAUUCUGAGGGCAAUGACAAGAAGACUGCAAGAAACCCAAAGCCAAAUAAGAAAAUUAAAGCAACCAUGGAUAUUAAACAAGAAAUAGACAAAACAAAUAUGCCGGAUGCCAACAAAAGCGCGCUUAAUUUUAAAUCUUUAACCAAAGAAAAGUCCGACGAAGUAUCUAGCCUUGUAAAACCAACAGCUGAUGACAAACAAUUGCCCAUACCGUCUGUGAAUAUUGAAGAAUGCGAACAAUCUCAAAUGCCAAAAACAAAACCUAAGGAUAUUUGGAAGAAACGUACAGUGGGCGAGGCAUUCGAUGCAGCCGUCCAACGGUAUUAUGAACGCAAAGCAGCUAGAAGUCAAGCUUAAUUUAUAAUUAGCUUUUUUUAUUUGUACAAAAUAUAUUUUAUCCUUUUGUUAACUUUCUCUUAUGUUAAAUAAGGAAUCGAAGUGAAA